AUGUCGACCGGGUACAGUUCUCUGCCGACGGUAUACGGCAGCGAAACCGCCGGAGGAGGAGUCUUUCCUCGCGCCAAAUCACGGAUGCAAUUGAUCUACGCCACACGCCGGCCGUGGCUUGAGCUCUUCUCCCAUCCGGCCUCCUAUUCCAUCCCUUACAGCUUCAACGAAUUCACCUCGCGGCUCAAGCGCAAUUUUAAUUACUUCCGUGUAAACUACGCGAUGAUAAUACUUAUCAUACUUUUCCUCAGCCUGUUGUGGCACCCAAUUUCCAUGAUCGUGUUCAUGAUAGUAUUCGUCUUCUGGUUUCUCCUCUACUUCUUUCGCGACGAGCCGAUUGUGCUGUUCAAUCGUAUGGUGGAUGAUCGUAUUGUCUCGAUCAUGCUCGGAAUUGUGACAAUUGUGUGCUUGAUUUUCACCGGUGUUUGGCUGAAUAUUCUGGUGUCGAUUUUAAUUGGAUUGGUGAUUUUGGUUCUGCACGCAGCAUUUAGGGUUACAGAGGAUUUGUUCUUGGAUGAAGAUGAAGUUGCCGAUGGCGGAUUGCUCUCUGUUGUUGGAUCCACUUACACAACAGUUUGA